GUAUCCGGAGUGUUUUCAAUGACUCUGCUCAUUUUGACUACAUAAAUAAGCUAUUGUGACGCGUCAAUCGACGAUAUCUAUGAUAUAGAUAUCUAAAUGGUGUUUUAAUUAGUUAAAUCAAAUUUAGAGAUAUCUUGAAUCGGAUUGUUUUUAUAGUUCAAUAAUAACUGCAAACAUCUCUAAAUAUCAUUGACUAGUCAAAUUGUAACUAUAUAAAAUAUUAAUGCAUAGUCAGACAACAGAUUUACAUAACAAUUUAGCCUCCCAUAAGUACAGUAUCUCCCAAUAAUAUAUCUACCAUCUCUCUGACAUGGGAGAGACAAUUUUGAGAUUUUUAUUUUUCAAAGAGACUUUUAUGUUGAAAUUAUUGUGUGACGUCAUUUACAAUGGCUGAACUAGAUAUUGGAAAACAUUGUGAAAUUAAAUCUUGCAAACAAAAAGACUUUCUACCAUUCGUAUGCAGCAGCUGUUCUGGAGUGUUUUGUUUGGAACACAGAAGCUGGGACUCCCACUCUUGUCCAAAGGUGCUGUUGAAGAAAGAGAUUGGGUCUGGGGGAAGCACAUCAUAUCCAUGUAGCUUUGAGGAUUGCAAAGGGAAAGAGCUGCUGCCUGUCAUCUGCCCACACUGUGAAAAACACUUCUGUCUCACACAUAGGCAUCAGGAUGACCAUAAGUGUGAAAAACUGGAGACUCCAAAGCCUCGCAUGGCUGCAACACAGGAGCUGGUUCAGAAGAUAGUAGAGUCAAAGAAGAAUGCACCACCAAGUAAAGGCAGAAAAGGAGCAAAAAACGCUGCAACCGCUGCAAAAGUUGCUCUGAUGAAGCUUAAAAUGCAUGCGUCAGGAGAUAAAGGCCUGCCACAGACAGAACGGACGUAUUUCCAGGUGUUUCUGCCAAAAUUAGCUAAAGACCCUAGUUUGCCCAUGUUCUUCUGCUCUAAGUGGAGUGUUGGCAAAGUAGUGGACUUUGCUGCAUCUCAGGCCAGUCUGAAAAACAACAACAACGUGUUCACAGCUAAGAAACUGCGAUUGUGUCACCCUGAGACCGGUGAAGCCUUUAAGAUGGACGCUAGCCUCCAGUCACUGCUCUCCAAUACAGACUGUCCCCUGCACAACGGAGGCAACGUCAUUCUGGAGUAUCUGGAUAAUGAGAGCUCUGGACUGGAUGAUGUGACAGCCUAUGUAUCUUCCUCCUAAAGAAAAUCCCACAACCAUUCAGCAGAGGUUUAUAGUAAAAUAGUUUGAGGAAAGUAGGAAACAAAGGGUGUCAGAUUGGACUAUGUCUAUUGUAAAUAUAUUCCACCUAUUAAUUGCUUAUUUUUAUUAAAUGGGUCAGUGGUAUGAUGCUUUUUCUUUUGUCCUAUUUAUUAAUUUAUUCAAAAAUAUAUGAAAAGCCUUGAAUACAGUUUUUUUUCUGUGAAUUAAAAUGUAUUUUGAUGCUUAAAAGAGGGGCAUAAAUACGUUUUAUGACAUAGCAAGGUUAAUGUCAUGUAGCACAACUCUUCAAAAACUUAAUGAUAUUUAAGUAAUUAUAUAAAGAAAAAAAAUUAGACUAGUGAUAAAAAAUGAUUAUCAUGUGUACAGUUACUUUAUGUAAGGAAAAUCUAUUUUCUUUUUACUUCAAAUCUUAAAUUCUAGGAAAGAAUUUGGCUUCCACGUUUAAGCCAUGAGAGAAAUGGUACAUUGCUGUCAGGAAGAAAUUAUGUACUUAUGUAUUCUUCUCUCACCAUUUGAAGCCAUUAAGCAGGAUUUGACACAUUGAUGCGUCCCCUAAUUGCCUCAAAUGUCUGAAGGCAGUCAAAGACAGAUGUUUUCCUUUAUGAAUUUUCUUUGUGGAAAAGGUUUUUUUCCACAUACUGAAAUACUAUAUACA